AGCAUCACAAGUUCGCAACAACAGGAACAAACAGCCACCUUCGCCGAUCAUACAUUUCCCGGCCGCAGUCUACACCUUCUCGCCGGUUGGCUUGGUUGAUCAGUAGUCGAUCCAUUACACCUCGGCGGACCUCCAUGACGAAGCACCAGAGAGCAUCGGCGGACCAGCUGGUGUCCCUCUCCCUCUCGCUCUCCCUCGGCGCCGUCGCCGACCGCAACACCAAGAGGACGCGCCGCGCCGCCGCCGCCGGCGGGGAGUUCAUGUGCAAGACGUGCGACCGCUCCUUCCCGACGUUCCAGGCGCUCGGCGGGCACCGCACCAGCCACCUCCGCGGCCGCAACGGCCUCGCGCUCGCCCUCGCCGGGGAUCAGCACUCCGCCAAGCCCAAGAAUACUACAGAGCAGAAGCAGGCGCACGAGUGCCACGUCUGCGGGCAAGGGUUCGAGAUGGGCCAGGCGCUCGGCGGCCACAUGCGCCGGCACCGCGAGCAGGAGGCCGCCGCCGCCGUGGCGCAGGCGCCGCCCGUUCUGCUCGAGCUGUUCGUCUAGAUUGAUGAUUGGCUAACGUUAUUAGUUCUACUAGUACAGAGUUCUGAUCAGGCUGUGUAGUGUGCGCGACUGAUUUGAAAGUUGUUCCACACUGGUAGCUAGGUACUGAUCGUGGUUCAUUCAUUCGUGUGUACUUUUGUGCACAUAUUGGUGACUUGUUCAUUCAUUCAUUGGUACAGAGAUUAUAUAUACAGGUUAGCUGAUUUGCUCGUCUCUUUUGCUCCAACUAGCUAGCCCGGUGUCCCAUUUUAACGGGGAGGACAAAUAUCUUCAAAUAUAUGUUCUUUUUGUUC